AUGACGGACUCUUCGACACCCGAACGGCCGGAAGAGAGCAAAGCUGGCGAAAGCUCCGUAGAAAACAGUGUCUCAACGACGACACCGGAGCGACUCCGGCGGCCAGUAGUAGUAGCGGACGUUGAAGUACGGCUGCAGAACGUGGUCGCAUCUGUGAACCUGUUGUGUCCUCUGGACCUGCGUCAUAUCGCGAUGCGUGCGCGGAACGCCGAGUACAACCCGCAGCGCUUUGCGGCCGUGAUUAUGCGAAUACGAGACCCUCGUACCACUGCGCUGAUUUUCAGUAGCGGUAAGGUGGUUAUCACGGGUGCACGUUCCGAGGAAGAUGCUCGUCUCGCAGCGCGCAAAUAUGCGAAGAUCGUUCGCAAGCUGGGGUAUGCAGAUGUCAAGCUUGCUGAUUUUGAGCUGCACAACCUCGUAGCGAGCGCGGACGUGCGUUUCCCGAUCCGACUGGAGGCGCUCGCACACGCCCAUAGCAACUAUGCCCACUAUGAACCCGAGCUGUUCCCCGGACUUGUUUAUCGCAUGCUGGAACCGAGAUUAGCUCUUUUGAUAUUUGUCAGUGGCAAGGUCGUCAUCACUGGGGCCAAGUCACGCGAUGAUCUCAACGAAGCAUUUCAGCGGCUUUAUCCGGUGUUGUGUCAGUUCCGUAAGGCAGACUCGCGGGCAGUCUCUCGAGCGACGACAGCGACACCAACAUCGAACGCGAAUGCAGGAUCAGGAGCACCGUCGGGACCAUCGAUCCCCGAGCAUCGGAAAAUGGUCGAAGAAUCCACUUUAUAA